AUGACGCCGAAACCCCCACAGCCCUAUAGAUUCAAGUCGACAACGCUCAGAUUCCAGGUCCCUAACCUUGGCGUAGGGCAGCGGCUAUCGAAUACCAACCUGGUGCAGAACUUAUCCAAGUCGGACACCUGGAUGGCAGCAAUGAGAAUCUUUCACACAUUACGAACGUGGACGAGGAGAACGAUAUGGGGUGAUCGGUUCCAUGGGCCGACGACCCUCCUCGUGCAAUCUCGAGCUGCACGGAUUAACGACAUCCUAGCCGACCACGAGGUCAACGAGAUUGCCGAUGCGACUCCUGGUGUCACCAGGGCGGCUGUAGAAGCAACCGCUGUGUCGUCUGCAGAGGACACCGCGUCUCAUCAGUCUACGACCAAGGGUGACCACCCACGACAGAGCAUCGCCAGCGUUCACCGGGAUGGGAAGGUCGACAUCAAGCCAGCCGAAUAG